AUGCCAUUUGGGCUGUGCAAUGCCCCAGCUACUUUCCAGAGAUGCAUGACCUCCAUUUUUUCAGAUCUGAUAGAGGAGAUGGUAGAAGUCUUCAUGGACGAUUUCUCAGUCUAUGGAGCAUCCUUCUCCUCAUGUUUGUCUAACUUGUGCAGGGUGUUGCAGAGGUGUGAGGAGACAAAUCUAGUACUCAACUGGGAGAAGUGCCACUUCAUGGUUCGAGAAGGGAUUGUGCUUGGACACAAGAUUUCCGAGAAAGGGAUCGAGCUCGAUCGAGCUAAGGUGGAUGUCAUGUUGCAGCUUCCUGUUCCCAAGACUGUGAAGGACAUCAGGAGUUUUCUGGAUUUUGAGUUUGAUGAAGAAUGCCACAAGUCUUGGACCUUGCUGAAGGAUGCUCUGGUAUCUGCCCCAAUAGUUCAAGCUCCAAACUGGGAUCACCCAUUUGAGAUUAUGUGUGAUGCAUCUGACUAUGCAGUAGGAGCAGUGCUUGGCCAAAAGAUAGACAAGAAACUCAAUGUCAUCUACUAUGCAAGCAAGACUAUGGAUGAUGCUCAAUGCAAGUAUGCAACCACAGAGAAGGAGCUCCUUGCCAUCGUCUUUGCCUUUGAGAAAGUUUCGAAGCUAUAUAGUUGGGUCCAAGUCAGGCUGGAAGAAGUUAAGGCUCUGCGUGAUGAGAAUUUGCCAUGGUAUGCUGAUAUAGUGAACUUCAUGGUGUCUGGAGAAGUCCCUAGUAGUUUUGAUGCUUACAAGAGGAAGAAGUUCUUCAAGGAUGCUAGGCACUACUAUUGGGAUGAGCCUUACUUGUACAAGAGAGGACCAGAUAGCAUUUACAGGAGAUGCAUAGCUGAAGAGAUGUACAAGGAGUUCUAG